GUGGAAGGGCAGGGGGAUCCCAGAACAACCACACCACCAAACAUAACUAACAGCAAUAAGUGCUAAAUGAUAAAUGCUAAUAAAGAAAGAUUUAAAACUGCACAUCAUGUGUUUCUUGGUAAUGUGGUCCUGACAGAACUAACCAUAGGCUUACUCAGCCACUAAGCAUAUCUUAACCCACAUUAAAUUGGUUUUAUAAACUUUCUUAUACCUCACCUCAGGGAUAUUAAAGUGGCCCCAACAUUUUUAUAUACUUCUGUGUGUGGCCCUCAGUGGAGAAAGUUUGGACAGCCUUGCCAUAAUCUGUAACUCUGCAGCUGGACAGCACCACUUACAGAGGUUUAACCUUUUAAUCAUCUAAAUUGUUUUAGUUUUAGUCUAGUUUUAGUUGACAAAACUCUCCAACAUUUUAGUCGACGAAAUUUACAGUAAAUUUAGUCGACUGAUUUGAUCUCUCUUCAACUUACCCCGCCACCACGCAGCGAAAGCAGUUGUGAUUGGAUAUAUGCCUAACUAGCCCCUACUUUCUACAUGACGAAAUUAGGUCUGAUUGGAUAAAGUCUCUGUCAAACAAUUUUGUCUCAUUUUUAUUUUUUGACUAAAGUGUCAAUUAAUUUUGUUUUAGUUUUUGUCCCUGUGCACUUGUUUUUAUUACUCUCUUAUUUUCGUCAAGGGAAAAAAGGCUAUCAAAUAAAACUAUGACAAAAAUAAUUAGUCAACAAAAUGAACACUGGUCUGCUGGGGAGACUAAAUGUUUGGUUGUGAUCCGGGCAUUGACAGAAUUCUGGGCGAAACUGUAGAGUAGAACAAGGAGGAGCAGGUUAUAAGCCGAACCUGCAGAAGAGAUGGCAAAGGCUGGGUUCAUCCGAACACCAGACAAAAACAUUAACUAACUCAAGAAACCGAAGAAGGAAUAUCGGGACUGAAUGAAAGACUGGGGCACAAGUGGAGCAGAACGUGGUAAUACAUGUCCAUCAUGUCCUCCCACUUUGUUUCUGCUUAAACUGGUGUGAACACGGGCUGGUUCGCCAGAAAGCACCAAGGUUCUGAGUCUCCAGAACAGAACCAGUGCCAGAACCAGAACCGUGUCUGUCUGAAAACCCCCACAAAGAAAGCAGAGAACCCCCAAAAAAACCCCAAGAGAAGCUCUCCUUACCUCUGCAGGUGAGAUAAUGGGUCAGCACUGAGAGCUGGAACCCAGGAAUAUAUCCUCACCUUCCUAAAAUAAUGACCUCUCAUUUCUGAUCAACAUGAUUUAUUUCAGCCUCAGUCAGCUCCUCAUGAUGCUGGCCACCUCUGAUAAAAUCACCAACAUCCUCAGCUGAACAGAUCAUGUGAUCCACCGCUGUAGUAUAACGGCCUAGGUCAGUAGCGUGACUGAGAACGUUUUAGAAACUUUUCAAGAUGGCAGCUGCAUCAAAAACAAAGAGAUUCUACCUAGCUAAUGGAGUACCUGCUAUGGUGCAGGACUCGUUUCCUAUUGGUGAGUGAUAAUGUUUACUAUGAUAUAGGCUAGGCUAUAAGUGCUGCAUUGUUAUUUAUUUUUUCAGCGUUUUAGUCAGAAAAUAUCUCUCCAUGAAGCUGGCAGUUACUGAUUAUUAUCAAAGAGAAGAGAGGCUCCAGAAUCUGUGGCUGUGAUGAAUGUUUCUCAGAAGUAUCACACAUUUGUGUUGCACACUUAAAGAAGGACUCUGAGUGUGACUGAUAAAUGUAAUGAAGGGUUCAUGAGCUGUAAACAUUCACAAAGAGAAGAGCACAUUGUUGUAAUCAUGCUGCUGUACAGCUUCCUACUGCAGCUCAGAGCAACAAUGUGUUGAUACUGUGUAAGUCACAGAGGGGCUCCAUCUGGUGGUGAAAGUUGGUAACUACACCUAAUCAGCUUCAUCGUGCUUUCUGCCUGUGGUUUCAUCUUUGGAGGAAUAACUACUUUGAACAAAAACAUACAUGCGGAAAAAUAUCUAAAGAACACAUUAAAUGAAUUACACUGCUUUGACAGAAUGGGCCACACUGUUUAACAGCAAUAUUGAUGUGUAAAGGGGGGCGUGUCUUAUGAGCUGAUAAACUUGUCAUCCUCACAUUUGUGACCAUACUAGUGUAAAUUUCAUCGACUAAAACUUUGACUGAAAAUGCUCUGAUGAUUAGUGAAUGACCCCCUGAUGUCUGUUUGGUUCAUUCACACAGGAUAAGUGGAGUCUGUAAUGUUCUCACAUUUACACACACAGUCCUGAAGAACAUGAAGGUGCUGCACUGCUGCAGCAAAGAAAGUAUUGCGGUGUUGUGUACGUUGUGGUCUAAAUAUCGAAACUGCUUUGGGAUAGGUGCUGUUUUUCAGUCUGUUAGUUUUGGUUUUUAUUGUCCUGAACCGUCAUCCUGAGGGUAGCAGUGGGAACAGGUGAUGUGCUGGGUGGGAUGAGUCCUUCAGGAUGCCCAGGGCCUUCCUGUGACAGUGGGACCUGAACAGUUCCUCUAAGGAGAGGAGAGCACAGCCUGUGAUUUUCUGUGCUGUGUUGAUGACCCUCUGGAGAGCUGUCUUCUCCUGAGCAGUGCAGCUGGAAAACCACACUGGGAUCCAGUAUGCCAGUACACUUUCAGUGGAGCAUCUGUAAAAGGACACCAGCAGCUCCUUGGCCAGGGCGUUGCUCUUCAGGACCCUCAGGAAGUGGAGUCGCUGCUGUGCCUUUUUGAUCAGAUUGAUUUGAUCUGUGGUGUUGGUUUUCCAGGUCAGGCCAUCAUUCAGGUGCAGGCACAGGAACUUGAAGUCCAAGACCCUCUCCACACAUUCCCCGUUAAUGUGUAUGGGCGAGGGUCAGAUCUGAAGUCCACUAUUAUUUCUUUAGUCUUAGUUGUGUUGAGGACCAGGUUGUUGAUGCUGCAUCAUGAUGACAGUUUUUUGACCUCAUCCCUGUACGCAGAUUCAUCUCCUCUUGAGAUGAGCCCGACCACUGUUGUGUUGUCUGCAUACUUCACGAUGGAGUUGCCUGGGUGGGUGGGGGUGCAGUCAUGUGUGUAGACAGUGUGUAUUAAUGUGUAAUGUGUGAGUGUAUUAAUCCCUGUAGGGAACUUCAAGAGGGAUAAAUAGAAGGGAAAUGUGAAGAGGUGUGCAAUAUAUGCUGUAACACCUUCAUAUAUUCAUAUGUUAAUGCUCUUUAAUAAGAGGAACCAUCAAAGUAUUUGCUAAAACUCAACUCUGAAGGUGGCUCUUUUUAGCUUAAAUGAAUGGCUCAGUUAACCUCAGUGCAUUAUGUUUUUUCAUUAAAAAAAUAAGUUAGCUAAGCAAAAAUUUGGCAUUAUAUCUGAUGAGGGUUUCACAACAUGCAUUAUACAUAUUUCUUUUAUAGAUGUACAUCUGUUUUUUAGUGGUUUAUCAACCUUAUAUUUUUCAAGUAAGAUUUGUCUGCACUGUAAACCCGAAUGAGUUGAGUUUACUUGAAAAAUACUAGUAAACCGGUUACCUGAAAAAAUGUAAAAGUAAUGAAAGAUAAAAACGUAUGUUCAUUUAACUCAACAUCUUAAGUAGUUACAAUUAUGAUUGAGGAUGAUUCUACUGAAUAUCUUUAAUUAAAAAAGAGUUAAUGCCUAUUUGAUACAACUUAAAAUAUUGAAUAAUGUUAAUAAUUUUGCAAAAUAAUAGAUCUAGGCAUUUUCAGUUCAGUCGAUUUAAUUCUGAGUCAAUUUCACUUAAAAUCUUUUGUACAACUUAUGAUUCCAUCAAAUUAUUCUAAUAAAUGUUUUUUUCCUUUGAGUGAUUAGGUGAGAUAAACAACACAAAAGCCAAAAUAUAAAUCAAAGCCAUGGCCAUGCAUAAUUUUUAUAAUGUUCAUGUUCAUUGACAAGUUGUUAUUAUGCAUGUUUAGUCUGUUAGUUGAUGUUUUAAGUGAGAAGUGUUUUUUGAAGUGUGACACUAUGAGUGAGGGGGUCAAUGUUGCAGACCACACCGUCUGUAUGUGAGCGUACCUGGGUACAGAAUAUUGCUGCAUUCCAGGCAACCUGUAACUCGUGUUUUUCCCACCCGUAACUCAUGAAUGUGCACUGGAACGGCAGUCGAAGUCGUAACUUCGACGCAUUUCGGCAUGUAGCCUUCAUCAGGGUCAUCAUGAACCCUGAUGAAGGCUACAUGCCGAAACGCGUCGGUCGAAUAAAGUUGUUCUUUUAACUACAAGUGUUGCUGGAGAUUUCUGUUUUCUUCAAGACCCUUCUCAUCCUCCAUGCACCUUGGGAGUUGGUGAAGUUGUGCCAGAUUUACCCACUUCAGAUCUUCUGAAUGAGGUUUGGCAAAGAAGGAAAGGAACUAAGGCACUUAGCAGGAGUUUUAAAUCAACUUGGCACAUAUUAUUGAAAUAAACAAAAGAAAUAACAAUCACCACUGAGUUUCUAGACCGUAAGAACCAAUCUUUUAGUGAUGACGGUGUGUGUAAUCUUUGAUGCCAUCCAGCUGUGCCACCUGCGUGCUAAUCAGGUGAGGAGAUUGCAGAGAGGAAGUGACCUUGUACACCGGAUAUUUAUGGGUUGCGGGAAGAGGAUAAUUAGUUACGGAUUAGGGUAGGGAAUGGACGUUUGUAAACAAAUGGUAUAAGGAAAUUAUUAAAUAAAUUUGGGGAAGAAAAUAAAGAAAUAACCAGUUUAUGACGGGCACAAGGUCACUCCUGCAGGCAGGCAGGAUGGCUCACUACUUAUAAAUUUACAUUAUUUCACUGGGUUACAUCAUCUUUGAAUCAUAACUGACAGAAAGCUCUCCUGUAAUCAUCACGUCUCCCAGUUCACAUGAACCGCCUUCUUCCACCUUAAUGACACAGCCUGGCUCCGCCCACUACUCCCUCUCUCUGCUGCUGAAACCCUGAUCCAUGCUUUCAUUCCACCCAGACUCAAAACCUUGACCCAGCAGGUCCCCUCCUCCCUCACUGACCUCCUCCACCAUCACUCUCCUCCCCAUAGCUGCUAUGUCUCUGAUGACAACCUCCUCUCUCCACUACUCAGAACCAAUCAGUGAACCUGGUGGUCAGACCUUCUCCAUAGCUGUCCCCUCUCUCUGGACCUCACUCCCCACACAUAUUCAAGACUGGACUGACACACCCACAUUCAAAGAUCAGCUGGAGAGCUCAGAGGUUCACAGUGAUCAGUCGGCCCAGCAGAAUCCAGCAGACCUGGACUCCACAUUUAUGCUGCUGGAGGAGAACAUUGUCACCUUUGUGAAGAAGGAGCUGAAGAGACUCCACAGGGUUCUGAGUCAAGUUUACCCAGAAUGCUUUGAGAGUCAAAGUGAAGAUGAAGCGCAGAUGGGAAGCUGCAAAGAGGCAUUUGUGAAGAUCACUCUCCAUUUCCUGAGGAGAAUGAAGCAGGAGGAGCUAGCUGACCGUCUGCAGAGCAGGACUGUUGCUUCAGUGUGCCGACAGAAACUGAAGUCUAACCUGAAGGAGAAGUUCCAGUGUGUGUUUGAGGGGAUUGCUAAAGCAGGAAACCCAACCCUUCUGAAUCAGAUCUACACAGAGCUCUACAUCACAGAGGGAGGGACUGGAGAGGUCAACGAGGAACAUGAGGUCAGACAGAUCGAAACAACAUCCAGGAAAGCACACAGAGCAGAAACAACCAUCAGACAAGAAGACAUCUUUAAAACUCCACCUGGAAGAGAUGAACCAAUCAGAACAGUGAUGACGAAGGGCGUGGCUGGCAUUGGGAAAACAGUCUUAACCCAGAAGUUCAGUCUGGACUGGGCUGAAGGCAAAGCCAACCAGGACAUCCAGUUCAUAUUUCCAUUCACUUUCAGAGAGCUGAAUGUGCUGAAAGAGAAAAUGUUCAGCUUGGUGGAGCUCCUUCAUCACUUCUUCACUGAAACCAAAGAAGCAGGACUCUGCAGGUUUGAAGGGUUCAGGGUUGUGUUCAUCUUUGACGGUCUGGAUGAGUGUCGGCUUCCUCUGGACUUCAACAAAACUAAAAUCCUAACUGAUGUCAGAGAGUCCACCUCAGUAGAUGUGCUGCUGACAAACCUCAUCAGGGGGAACCUGCUUCCAUCUGCUUGCCUCUGGAUAACCACACGACCUGCAGCAGCCAGUCAGAUCCCUCCUGGGUGUGUUGACAUGGUGACAGAGGUCAGAGGGUUCACUGACCCUCAGAAGGAGGAGUACUUCAGGAAGAGAUUCAGAGAGGAGGAGCAGGCCAGCAGAAUCAUCUCCCACGUCGAGAAAUCCAGAAGCCUCCACAUCAUGUGCCACAUCCCGGUCUUCUGCUGGAUCACUGCUACAGUUCUGGAGGAUCUGCUGAAGACCAGAGGGGGAAGAGAGCUGCCCAAGACCCUGACUGAGAUGUUCAUCUACUUCCUGGUGGUUCAGACCAAACUGAAGAGCAUCAAGUAUGAUGGAGGAACUGAGACUGACCCACACUGGAGUCCAGAGAGCAGGAAGAUGAUGGAGUCUCUGGGUAAGCUGGCUUUUGAGCAGCUGCAGAAAGGAAACCUGAUCUUCUAUGAAGCAGACCUGACAGAGUGUGGCAUCGAUAUCAGAGCAGCCUCGGUGUACUCAGGAGUGUUCACACAGGUCUUCAGAGAGGAGAGAGGACUGUACCAGGAUAAGGUGUUCUGCUUCAUCCAUCUGAGUGUUCAGGAGUUUCUGUCUGCUCUUCAUGUCCAUCAGACCUUCAGCAACUCUGGAGUCAAUCUGUUGGCAGAGGAACAAACAUCCUGGAUGUACAAAGUUUUCAGAGAUAAAACCGAACCCACACAUUUCUACCAGAGAGCUGUGGACCAGGCCUUACUGAGCCCAAAUGGACAUCUGGACUUGUUCCUCCGUUUUCUCCUGGGUCUGUCUCUGGAGACCAAUCAGAUCCACAUCAGAGGUCUGCUGACAAAAACAAGAAGUGACUCAGAGACAAAUCAGAAAACAGUCCAGUACAUCAAGAAGAAGAUCAAUGAGGAUCUGUCUGCAGAGAAGAGCAUCAACCUGUUCCACUGUCUGAAUGAACUGAAGGAUCGUUCUCUAGUGGAGCAGAUCCAACAGUCCCUGAGAUCAGGACGUCUCUCCACAGAGAAACUGUCUCCUGCUCAGUGGUCAGCUCUGGUCUUCAUCUUACUGUCAUCAGAAGAAGAUCUGGAUGUAUUUGACCUGAAGAAGUACUCUGCUUCAGAGGAGGCUCUCCUGAGGCUGCUGCCAGUGGUCAAAGCCUCCAACAAAGCUCUGUUGCGUGACUGUAACCUGUCAGAGAGAAGCUGUGGAGAUCUGUCUUCAGUCCUCAGCUCCCAGUCCUCUAGUCUGAGAGACCUGGACCUGAGUAACAACAACCUGCAUGAUCUAGGAGUGAAGCUUCUGUCUGAUGGACUAAAGAGUUCAAACUGGAGACUGGAAACUCUCAGUCUGUCCAACUGUCUUAUCUCAGAAGAAGGUUGUGUGUCUCUGGCCUCAGCUCUGAGCUCCUCCUCCCACCUGAGAGAGCUGGACCUGAGCUACAAUCAUCCAGGAGAACGAGGAGAGAAGCUCCUGUCUGCUCGACUAGAGGAUCCAGACUGCAGACUGGAGACACUGAGGUUGGACCAUGGUGGACUGCACAGACUGACGCCUGGUCUGAGGAAGUACACCUGUGAGCUGAAAGUGGACACAAACACAGUGUACAGAAGACUCAGACUGUCUGACAACAGGACAGUGAAACAUGAGGAGAAGGUUCAGCCAUAUCCUGAUCAUCCAGACAGAUUUUAUUGGCCUCAGCUGUUGUGUCGGACUGGUCUGACUGGUCGCUGUUACUGGGAGGUCAAGUGUAGAGGAGGAGUUCAUGUAUCAGUGAGUUACAGAGGAAUCGGAAGGAAUGGAGACAGAGAUGAAUGUGUGUUUGGACGUAAUGAUCAGUCCUGGAGUCUGAUCUGCUCUGAUAAAGGUUACUCUGUCUGUCACAAUGGAAGAGAAACAAAAGUGUCCUCCUCCUCCUCCUCGGUCUCUGGUAGAGUAUCAGUGUAUCUGGACUAUCCUGCUGGCUCUCUGUCCUUCUACAGAGUCUCCUCUGACACACUGAUCCACCUCCACACCUUCAACACCACAUUCACUAAGCCUCUCUAUCCUGGGUUUGGGUUCUGGUCUACUGGAUCCUCAGUGUCUCUGUGUGGUGUGUCGGUCUGAGAAACACUGCUGACUGAGGAUCAGCUGACUGAGAAUCAGCUGACUCUAUUGACUCUGUGAAGCUGAUCUGUCUCAAACUUUGAAUAAUUCUGAUUUUAAACAUUUGAUGACUUUGCCCUGGAACACUGGCUCAUAUAGAACAUCUCUAAAACAAUCUUCUAUCUUUGUUGGUUUGUAUUUAUUUGAUGUUUUGAUGAAAGCUGUAACAUAUUUUUGAAUAAAGUAUUUUUGAUCUUUA